AGAAUAACUCUGCUGUUUUCUUUAUUACCAUAUCGAUGUCGUUAAAAUGGUGUUUAUAACCUUUUAAUGUGUUUUAAACGAAGUAGAUGCAAUCAAAUCGAUUUGAAGGUGCGUUGGAUACCAUAUGAAACUUGUAGGUAUGUGUAGAUAGGAUUGAACUCCGACUCAUCGCGAGUUGAUAUAUUUGUUGUUAAGCAAAGGCUUGAUUCAGUAAGGUAGGGCACGGCUUGAGUUGGCAAAAAAUCGCUUUGCGUUGACGUCAGGUAGUUGACUUCUAAGAUUCGAUAACAUCUGCUUUUUCGAAUUCGGUUCAACUGUCCUUUGAUUUCAUAGAAGCGCUAUCGAUCCUGUAAAAAAUUGUCCAUGUAGUAAGCCGAUUACGCUGCGUUACUCAAGUUCUUUGAUCUCUGAUCCACAACUCAGUGAUGUUAUUAGGCGACGCUGACUCCUGUUGCUUUUAGCAUGUUGCAGCUGAUUAAAUGACUGACAAAGAUCAUUUAUUUGACUUCAAAAACGUAUGCCUUGAUAACAGUCAAUGCCAAUAAGUUCAAGUCUAGCAACUGGCACUCAUCCGGGGGGGGGAGGGUACUUAACAAAUGUCUCUGCCCCGAGGUCCAGCUCCUUACGCUUUUACGUACCAUUUUUCAUAAACAAGGUACCCCUUUUCUAUACGUUCUAUUGGCAAAUGGUACCCCUUUCACAUACCUUGUUUAGAACUUUGCAUCCCUUUUAACUGCUGUAAAUGCACUGUCUUUUAAAAUAGGAAUCAAUCACAAAAACAGAACGUUUUCACGACUUUUUAAAGCCAUAAAAUUCAUCUGUUAACCCUUUUGGGCCCUUUUACAGACCCAAAUGACAGAUUUCCCUCCCCUUUUAUAUACUUCAACUAGUGAAGUCCCUACCCUUUUAUAUACCCGAGUCCUGAAAAAUGGUACCCCUUUUGGGUGGAGCCUCCCCAUAUAGGCCAUCAUAGGGAGUAGCCCCCCUGGGCACUCAUCAGAAAAGUGAACUCAAGUGCAAACCAAUUUUUGACACCAUUAAAUCAAUUUAGAAAGGCAAAAGACCCGCAAAAGACACAAGAUUUUUUCGCUGCUCUCCAAUCAGAGGGCACUCAGGAUUAAAACAGAUAUCUUAAUCAUUUUGCAGACGUUAAUUCUACCAAUCAAGUGCUGUAAUAAUGGUGCCUUGUGCUUAUGCCAUCUUGUAUGUCUUACUGGCUGCACCCUUUUCAUAUUUGAUCUGCGAAGGUAAGUAUUCUUUGGUGAUGAAUAGCAUUCUCCCCAUGAAAGGUACUGUGAAUCCCAGACCAUUGGUAAUACCACUAGGUCCAGUUUAGGUUCUCACCACAAUUUUACUUGAAGUCUGGGGGGGCAGGUGGCACGGGGGGGGGGGCGGUACUUGGGUUAAUUUUUGCUGGGUAUGUGUCACUAGACUAUCAGAAUUCCUACCCCAUUGUAGUCUAUUCUGUGGCCAUACUAUAGACCCCAUCUUAGUCACUUUAGGAAACAAGUAAUUUUCGCAAUCCCAUCUUAGUCACCUUCUGUUUAUGAAUCUACCUUAUAAAGCCUUUUAACUAGGUCACCCUGAAAAGAACUGAGACAUUUGUUAAACUUACUGUGGUAUAAAUCUUUCUAUACUUAAACCUCUAAAUACCUGAAUUUUCUGACACCCAAAAUCCUCAAUAUGUGCGACCCAUUCUAGUAACUCUUAUAAAAUUACAACUUCAUAAUAGUUAAUACAGUCUUGAAAAUGAGACCCCAUCCAGUGGGACAUACCCAUUAGCCCACUCCUUGGAAGUACAAACGCCCCCCACCUCCGGGAAUUGAAGGACGUGAUAACCCCUCAGUUUAGAGAAUUGAUUCUUGUUUUCUUGUCAUCGCAGGAAGUGCGGUAUGCUAUAAAUGCGACUCUAAAUCGGACGCCGGCUGUACCCCUGAAUCGCUCAGUGGAGUGGCAACAACCACAUGUUCUAGAGAUCAUGAGUUUUGUGCGGUUUACAAGAAAGAACCACCUGGAAACAGUUCCCUUCAUCAGUAUACAAGAUACUGCGCGUCCGAGUGUAGGAGUUUUAAUACGACAUAUACGAUAGGAAGAUAUCAGAAGACAAAACAUUGCGUACUGUGCUGCGAUGGUGACUUGUGUAAUAACUACCUUAUAGACCCUUGCAAUCCUAAAUCCAAAGUAGGACGAGUGGAAUACGGGGCAUUAAUUAUUGUACUUAUCACCGUUAUAGCACUUUAUACUUGAGCGCCGAAGGUAGAUUCGUGGCUCGAUGGUUUGGCUUUUCCACAGUUUACGCUGGGCGAAAUGCUGCCAACCACUUUCUUCAGAUAGACCUUAUUCACGAUACUCGCAAUCUUUGCACGCGCUUAAGGACUGUUGAGGUAAAAGCAAUGUCAUGUGGUUUCUCAGGGGAGCAAACAAGUGAAGAAAUUUGCCAAUGCAGGAAGUCGUGGUCGAAUUUGCUAAUUAUAGACAACAGAAAAUGAAGAACUUUUGAUAGUAAAGACGAUAGUGACAAACUGUGGGUGGAAGCGAUCAUUGUUACUUCUUUGAAUGCAGUAGCGAGCAAAGAUUUCCUCCCAGCAAACAUUAAUAAUGUAAAUUUUGUCGAAAUUCGAAGGGGCGUAAUUCAUGUUACGUGGACUUAAUUCAUCUAUGCGGCUAUUUUGUAGGCUUGUCCCUCCUCCCACUCUCACUACUCAUCCGAAAAAAUGUCGGUUUCAGUAAAACACGGCAUGGAUGCGACAUUUCAAUCUGGUAAGAACCCUUGGUGUGACACAGUGACACCUUCUCUUUGAAAAAUCCUAGCUAUGCCCCUGUAUGACUUUUAAAUUGUCGUCUGGUUUUGACAGAAUACACAAACUCUUCCGCGAUGACUCGAACUGGCAAAUUUUAUCACUUCUGAAAUACCGAGGGCUCUUUCCAUUUAGGAAAAAAGCGGAAAUUUCGAUGGGAGCAAAAGUGGAAUUUCCGAUUGGUAAAAAGUUGUUCCAUUUGGUCGUAAACCCCGGUACGUCGCUUUGCCCGACCGUGGCCGCCUGGAACUGGUACAAACUAGGAGAAACGGAUAAAUGGAACACGAAAUUCCGCUCGGGAAAACAGUCCCAUCUUUUUAGAUUUUCCACUUUUUCUGGGAAUUUUCCAGUGGGAAGAACCGACGAAACGUGUUCCAUUUACCGCCGAACCCGAAAUUCCGGAAAUUUUGACUAAAUGGAAAGCGCUCCAAGUGACAUGGCAAUAUCCCAUGAAUCCUAAUGCGCGUGCAAAGAUAUAUAGCGGGUAUCAUGAGUAAAGUCUAUUAGAUGCAUAACAGAGGCAACCGCGACUUUUCGUACGCGAUGUUCCUUUCUUGCACGGGUGACCCAAGCAUAACAUAUGAAAAUCCUCAAUGAAGUGCAAAUAUUUUUACCUGGUGUUGUUCGACGGACAGCGCGAUUUGAGUGGUUUAACAUCGUCUAACCUAACACUGACUUGACAAUACAGUUGCUGUGGUCCAGUUUUAUCCUUAGUUCAAAUUUUAUUUUCCUUUUUUUAAAACCAUCAUCAUACUGUAGUCAAGGAAAUUUUCGUCCUCAGGGUAAAAAUAGAUUAUAGCUUUCACCGAAAUAGUUCGACGUUAUCUCAACUUCUUCAUCAGUUUGAUCGUGUGUUUAAUGUUCUAUUCAACUAAAGGUCACGUGAUGAUCGUAAAUCAUCAAUCAUGUGACCAUUUUAACG